GGCGGGGAUGGGCGGCCACGAGAAGACCGCUAUGGUCUGUUCGACCCCAGCUUCGCUCCACAGGAUUGUGACUCGGACUCGGACGCAAGUCCGUCCAGACCCACAAGUGUGCAGGCCCAGACAGGCGUAGACUUGUUGGACAUGGAUGCGGAUAGUGCGAGGCAACUGAGCCAGGGGCCUGCACAAUCCGUCUCUGCACAGAAUGACUUCGAUUCUGGGGCCCGCGAGGACUGGACAAAUUUCUGCACACCGUCGACCGGGCAGACAUCUUUUUCCGAACAAGCUCCGGCCGCAGAACACAGAGUGGACGUGGCCAGUCUGAUGGAUCUCACCAGUUCCACGUCAACACCUUCUACAUCACUGUGGGAUCCAAGUUCUCAUGCACAAAGUGCUGCCGAACAAGAUCCUUUUGAAGGCAUGGAGUUCAAGUCAGCUGUAGCCGGCUUUGGACAAAGUGACAAGGACGCUACACCAGGCCAACGUCCAGCGAUGGGGUACGCAAAUGCAGACUCCAGCGUGCCCAUAUUCAAGGGUGAACCUGCAGGACAAGCACCUCUGUCCGGGACCUUUCUGGAUGGUUUGGGGGUUCCUGUCGACAUGCUGAGUUUGGGCGAGGACAUGAGCGGCAAGAAUGUGAAAGAGCAGAAGCCUUUAGAUCCCUUGGCAAGCCUUGAUGUGUUGCAAUGCGGCCAACAACCGCGCUGA